GGAAUGUGGAUAUUCGAUGAGCCCGGAUCUGUUCAAGCGCUCGACUUGAGAAAUGCUGCGCAAUGAUGGCUGUUAGGUUUCUGCAUCAGAGCUCAGGAAUGGAGGAGACGGUUUGGGAGCAGUACACUGUGACUCUACAGCGGGACGCUAAGAUGGGCUUUGGAAUUGCUGUGUCCGGCGGCCGGGACAAUCCAAACGUGGAGAGCGGGGAGACGUCCAUCAUCGUGUCAGACGUGCUGCCAGGAGGACCGGCCGAUGGACUGCUCUUUGAGAACGACCGUGUGAUACAGGUCAACACCAUCGCCAUGAAUAAUGUGCCUCAUUCUUUCGCUGUGCAGUCACUUCGGAAAUGUGGGAAAGUGGCCAAAAUAACUGUAAAAAGGCCCCGCAGUGUGCACAGUGACCCAGACUCAGAUUACCCUCGGGGAAACGGCGGUCUGGGCUACCCCCGUGACCGAGAGCGUGACCGCAGCCUCGAUAAGAGCCGGAUAGACUACCUAGAUCCGGAUUACCGCAGCCAGGACUAUGACUCCCGGCGCGAGCGAAGCCGAGGCAGGAGCACGGAUAGAUCCCCCAGCACUGACAGUGGGUACCGGAGGGACGGCAGCAGGGGCCGGACGCUGGAGCGCGGGUCUAGCCCGGAGCCUCGAUAUCAACGGCAGCACAGCAGAGGCCGCGGUGGAGGAAGCCCUGCUGGAAGCUAUAGCCGGGACCAGGGCUACGACACGCGGAGGUAUGACACGCAGGACAGGAUGAUCAGGAGUCACAGCAGGGACCGGUUGCAGGAUCACUCGCCCUCGCCCAGCAGAGAGCGGGACAGGGGAAGAGACCGGUUUAACUAUGAGCCCCUGGAGCCACCCGUCAAUGUGACGCUGGUCAAAAACAGGCCCAAUGAAGAGUACGGCCUCCGCCUGGGCAGCCAGAUCUUCAUCAAAGAGAUGACCAGCACUGGACUUGCUGCCCGAGAUGGAAAUCUCCAGGAGGGCGAUAUCAUUCUCAAGAUCAACGGGACGGUGACGGAAAACCUCUCUCUGAGUGACGCUGGCAAACUGAUCGAGAAAUCCCGAGGCAAACUUCAGCUUGUGGUCCAGAGAGACCAUCGGCAAAUCCUGGUGCGCAUCCCUGCCCUCGCCGACAGCGACUCGGAGCCGGACGAUAAUACAGAUAUGUCAUACUUUUAGCUGAUGGACCGCAGAGACACAACAUAAAGUCUGGUUGCCUUUAAUCUUUAAUCAUGAUUGUGCCUCAACAAAUCUGUAAAGCCUUAACACUGUGCUCUCAUAUUUUUAUGCUAACCUCUUUUUUUAAAAGCUUCUUUUAAUCAAUAAAUAAGUCUGCUCAAUUUUA